ACAGGUGAAGAUGAAUCCUGAAUCUACAGAUGAAGUAAAUCUGAUCUGUGAUUCUUCCUGCAAUCUCAUAUCUGAAAAGAAUUACUACUGGUACCAGAAUGGAAAAAAUAUAAAAUACAGCACAAACCUAUUAGUGCCAUCCAGAGGAAACACUGACAGCUAUUCCUGCUCUGAGGUUGGCGUAAACACUCAUUCCUCUUCUGUAUGUGUUUCUAAGAGUGGUUGUUGGGGUGUGACUUACACAUCUAGAAGAGUUUGUGCUUUAGUGGGAUCAACAGUAGAUAUUCACUCUUCAUACUCACAUCCCACUGGAUAUACAGUAAAGGAAACAUACUGGCAUUUGGUAAACAAUCCAUCUAAAGACAAAGAUCUGCGUGACGAUCAUCGGUUUGCUGGUCGUGUGGAGUUUGUGGGAAACACACUGAGAAUCAAAGACGUCAACACGAGUGACUCUGAUGUAUAUCAGUUCAGGUUCAUCACUAACACAAAUACAUUUUCUGGUUAUCCUGGAGUCUUUCUUACUGUUACAGGUACACAGGUGAUAAGCAGCCCAGACCCUGUGAUAGAUGGAGAAAAAGUGAUAUUAAGCUGUUCAACCAAUUGCACUCUGGAUAACAAACAUACUUACAUCUGGUAUAAGAAUGGACAACAGGUAACAGAUGGAUUGAGAUUAUUAAACAAGCUGUACCUGAACUCAAUCAACAGUGAGGAGCUACAAGAGUAUUCAUGUACUGUAGGAGAAACAAUGGACUCAAUCCAAACAAUCUCAGUGUUUGGUCUUCUCACAGUCUUUGUGCUGCUGUUUCUGUUUCAGUUUCUCAUUUUAGGAGCUCUGUGGAUGUGGUUUUUCAUCAGCAUGAACAAAUUAAAAUCUAAAAACAGAACUGAUGACAAACAUGAAGAGACUCAAGUGGUGCACAUGUCUGUGUGUAGAUCAGCUGAACUGUUGGAGUGAUGUCACAACUCUCUCUAUGACAUCAUCACCUAUCAAAAAUCUCUCAGCAGUGACAUCAUUGAUGCAAUGAUGUCACAUAUGGACUACCUGCACAU